AUGGCGCGUGAGGGACUCCGCUACUACGAGCUCUCACGGAACGGUGGUCCCCGGCCCCAGCGUCUGCCUGACGGCACCUGGGUUCCUGCGCGCUUCUGGGGGAUCCAUCGCAAAGAGCUGCGCCAGCUCUACGCUGCGAGCUGCGAAGACGAAUUCUGGCGAGAUCAUUUGGACGUCACGGAGUACGUGAAUCACUUCGCUACUUGGUGCGGUGCUGGAUCUGAUUUCUUUGACUUCCACGAUCCUGUGAUGUUAGUGAAGCCUCGGACUGCUGGGACUGAGAUGGGUUAUGCCUUGAUGGUGCAUCAAGAUAACCCACAGGAGGUGAAUUUGAUGGUCUCACACGCCUGGGUGGAAAAUGCCAAGAGCUUCUUUGAGGAUGUCUUGAAAUCCAUGUUCCGCAACGAGGUGGCAUUCAUUUGUUUCCUCUCCAAUUUUCAAGGGACGUCUGCAGAGAUCGAUGCGCAGCUUGGGAAUGACAUCAUGCGGAGUCCUUUCACGCAAGUGCUCAACAGCUCCGCGUGUCAACGUUUGUUGGUAGUGCCAAAUGAGGAGUUGAAGACCAACGGGCAAGGGUUGUAUAGCAGGCUAUGGUGCAUUUGGGAAAUCAAGGUUGCUGCGGACGCUGGCUUGCCUAUCAUCAUCUUGCCAGAUCGGAGUUCAGAUGAACACCUUCUAGGCAAGUCGAUCAUCUCGUCCCGCAACGCGCGCUGUGGCAAUCCGUUCUGCCCAAUGAACAAGGACGAGUUGCUCAUCCGUGCGGCCAUCGCGAGAAUGCCCCCCGAGUCAAAUCGUUCCAGUGCGUAUGCCUUCUUCGGCAUCUGCUUCUGUACAAGCUAUGGAGCUGUGGUUGGCGGAGGUGUCUCCGAAGGUCCGGAGAUGUCCGGAGCGGAGCGAGCGGAGCUGGUUUUUGCAGCGCAGCUUGGGGUGGCUUUAGCCACUGAGAAAAACGGGUAG